CUCGCACACACACGCAGAGGGCGCGGUCUCGCAUCAUCAUCGUCUUGAGCACGUCGCGGCGCAUCUUUCGGUCGCAGCGGGACGGGGCGUGUGCUUAGGGGUGGAGAGGUGUAGCGUCGACCACAGUUUUUUCCCCCCGACCUUUUUUUUUUUUUUUUUUUUUUUUGGUACACGCUUCGUCGGGUCUGGAAGCCAUGGCGGGUGGCAAGGCGACCAAGUCGGGACGAACGGCGGCUGUGGGUCGGCUGGAUGCGGCGGCCCUGAAGCUGCUGCGUCGACUUGCCGAGCGCUAUGCAGCUGAAUUUGCCGUGACAGAGCAGAAAACACGCCAGAUCCUGCGCGCGCUCCUUGACAAGUUGCCCGACACCAGCGCGCUCAAGCGCAAGAUCCUGGCCAAUGAGACGCAGGCCCUGCGCCACUUUGCCGGCUUUUUGAAGGAUUGUCGAAAUCAAAAUGCCCAGAGUGAAUUUCUGGCCAGUCCUCAGACGUGCGCACGCGCCUGCCACUCGCUUGCUGCUCAGGCCAGCAACUUGCCAGACUGGGAGCGCGUCAUGCUGGCUGCCGUGUUGAAGCGGGAUGAAUAUCGCGCUAUCGCGGAUACCCUUACUCAAAAACUUGUAACGCGCAGCCCGCCGCCAACGGCGGCCGAGGCCGCGCGCUGGAUGGCCCUCUGUCACAAGUGCAUGGUCGUGGGUGCAUCCAUCAAGACCAUCGAGGCAAACCUGCAGCUCUAUCUCCGCGCCUUUGCCAUGGCAGCGGACACAGCUUCAAAGCCAGAGGAGCUGACUGCUUGGCGGCAACUCGCCGAUCACACCACGCGUUUCCACCUCGCGCUUUUACGCAGUGCCCACCUCACUCAAAGCUUAGGGGAUGUGCUCGCGGCCAUGUAUGCACACCACUUGGAUAUGCAGUUGCGCAUGCAUGCCGAGGAGCCCGUCGAUGUUUCGCGAGCCGUGGCCCAACUGACCGUGUUGUCCCGUGGUGAUGUGCGCGUGGCGUUGGAUGCAGCGCUACAGGUGACCGUGUACGAGCCAGCAGAGACACGACCAGUGUUGUUGGGUUUGUUGCAGGCAGUGCUGGAUUUGGCACAGCGCAACCUUUUGCGACAUGCGGAUACGAGUGGCGCCCAAGCCUUGGCAUACCGCGUGGUGCUUGUCUUGCGGCAACUGCGGGUGCUGGAUGAAGCGGUCGCCUUGUCUCGGGUUCGCAGUCUAGCUCUCAAAACGCGGCACAUGGCCGUGGCUUUUCUACAAGAGGCGCGCCCUGCCUUGGUUGCCGAUCUGGAGGCCAACAGUCGUGACGUUGUGCUUUUCAUCGUGCACAGCGAAGACGAGGAGUUUCAGCAGUUUGUUGACCUGGCAUGCUCCCCGGUGGACGGUGACGAGAAUGAGGACGAAGCUCAAGCCACAGGGGAAAUGGACGCCCCUCUCUUCAUUCUGGACACGGCUGGAACCACCGUGGUCACACGCAGCGGCUAAGCCGAUGCACUACUCGCAGAUUUUUUUUUUCCCUUGUGUAUGCCCCCCUUUCCCGCUCUGAGUUCUGUGCGUUGGUUUCAACCGCCAAUCGAUAGCAUGAUUCAUGCGAGUAAGAUG